GCUGAGAUAGGGUAACAAAAUGAACUACUGUAUGCAAGAAAUAUAUGAAGUGCACCCAGCUGCCGGUAGCAAUUGCUACAUGCAGUCCACUGAUUAUUGCACAUAUAUCGAAGAUAAUCAGGGUUACAGCAGUUGUGAUGCUCAGGUCCUGCACAGUAACAACAUAUAUAUGGAACAGGCCUGGGCGGUGAAUCAGCCUUAUACCUGUAGUUACCCUGGAAACGUGUUUAAAAGCGAGUACUCUGACAUGGACAUGGCCCUGAAUCAGUACAACCAACCUGAAUAUUUCACAGAAGAAAAACCUACUUUUUCUCAAGUGCAGUCGCCAUCGUACUCUCAGAAGAAAGGGUAUAUACCCAGUUACUUAGACAAGGAUGAGCUAUGUGUAGUAUGUGGAGACAAAGCCACCGGAUAUCAUUAUCGCUGCAUCACUUGUGAAGGUUGCAAGGGUUUUUUUAGAAGAACCAUUCAGAAAAACCUCCAUCCAACCUACUCCUGUAAAUAUGAAGGAAAAUGUGUGAUAGACAAAGUAACAAGAAAUCAGUGCCAGGAAUGUCGCUUCAAAAAAUGUAUCUUUGUUGGCAUGGCAACAGAUUUGGUGUUGGAUGACAGCAAGAGGUUGGCAAAGAGGAAGCUGAUAGAAGAAAAUCGAGAGAAGAGACGUCGGGAAGAGCUGCAGAAAACCAUUGGGCACAAACCAGAGCCAACAAAUGAGGAAUGGGAGCUCAUCAAAAUUGUUACUGAAGCACAUGUGGCCACCAAUGCACAAGGAAGCCAUUGGAAGCAGAAAAGGAAAUUUCUGCCAGAAGAUAUUGGGCAGGCACCAAUAGUUAAUGCCCCAGAAGGUGGGAAAGUGGAUUUAGAAGCCUUCAGCCAGUUUACAAAAAUUAUCACACCAGCGAUUACAAGAGUGGUGGAUUUUGCCAAAAAGUUGCCUAUGUUCUGUGAGCUGCCAUGUGAAGACCAGAUCAUCCUUCUGAAAGGCUGCUGUAUGGAGAUAAUGUCCCUCCGAGCGGCAGUUCGCUAUGACCCCGAGAGUGAGACUUUAACACUGAAUGGGGAGAUGGCAGUGACAAGGGGCCAGCUGAAAAAUGGGGGUCUUGGCGUAGUGUCUGAUGCCAUUUUUGACCUGGGUAUGUCUCUUUCUUCAUUUAACCUGGAUGACACCGAGGUUGCCCUUCUUCAGGCUGUUCUGCUCAUGUCAUCAGAUCGCCCAGGGCUUGUUUGCGUCGAGAGGAUUGAGAAGUGUCAAGAGGGUUUCCUCCUGGCAUUUGAACACUACAUUAAUUACAGAAAACACCAUGUUGCACACUUUUGGCCAAAACUGCUGAUGAAAGUGACAGACCUGCGAAUGAUCGGAGCCUGCCAUGCCAGCCGCUUCCUGCACAUGAAGGUGGAGUGCCCCACAGAACUCUUCCCUCCGUUGUUCCUGGAAGUGUUUGAGGAUUAGAGAGACUGGAGCGGUUCUCCACACCCCCAUCACACUACUGGCUGUCAUUUCAUCCCGUUGUCCAGCUCCUCUCACCUGUGUUUGUUCUUCUUCUUUCAUCUCUUCUGUUUCUUGAGGCGGGGUUGGGUUUUUGUUCAGUUUUUCUUCUGGGGUUGCUGGGGGGCAGUUGUGUACACAUGGAUGAAAACAUCCCUUUAACGCGAGUACUUGUGACUUUUGACUAUUGCAAUUUGUUCUUCGGUCCUUUGAUGUGA